AUGGCAUUUCGCCAGUCGGAGCACGAAAUGAGCGUCACUUCGCUGGAGCAUCUCGACUCGAGUGUCGAAUUGCGAUCGGGUACGCCGUCGCCGCAAGUGUUUAAUCCGCGCAAGCUGCGCUUCGCCGACGAUGACUUUGACAAGGACCAGCCGGAGAGCCUGAGUCCGCAGCACAAGAAGAAGGUGGCUGCAGACGUUUCUAUGUCACCACCAUGCCAAAAGGUUCGUGCCCUACGAUUGUUCAGCACUCCUGCCACACCGAAGACCAUCCUGCAGAAGUCGCAGUGCAGCAAUCAUCUGUCCGCUGCGGCAGCGGUAGUAAAUGCCUCUCGCAGAGAGGAGCUCUUCCGCUUGUCGGAGCGCCCGCGCUGCUUGCCACUGCACAACCGCAGCAUGCAGCCCCAGGACACCGCCAAUGUGAAUCCCUUCACACCAGACAGUCUCCUGGCCCACAACAAGAAACGGUGUCGCACCCAAGUGGGUCGCGAGAAUCUCAACGUGAAUGCUAUUCAAAAGUAUUUACUCAGCGAUACCUGUGAUGAUGAGGGCCCCGAGGACGUUGGCGAUCCGAUGCGCGAGAUACACCAGGCCCCCAAGCGCCUGGCCCUGCACGACACGAACAUCAGCCGCUUCAAGCGAGAAUUCAUGCAGGUUCGCGUGAUUGGUGUGGGGGAGUUCGGUGUUGUCUUCCAGUGCGUGAAUCGGCUCGAUGGAUGCAUCUAUGCCAUCAAAAAGAGUAAGAAGCCAGUGGCAGGCAGUUCCUUUGAAAAACGUGCCCUGAAUGAGGUCUGGGCCCAUGCAGUUUUGGGCAAGCACGAUAAUGUAGUGCGUUAUUAUUCCGCCUGGGCGGAGGAUGAUCAUAUGUUGAUACAGAACGAGUUCUGCGACGGCGGCAGUCUACAUGCCCGCAUCCAGGAUCAUUUCUUGGGCGAGGCCGAACUGAAGAUUGUCCUAAUGCACGUGAUCGAGGGCCUGCGCUAUAUACACUCAAAUGAUUUGGUCCACAUGGACCUGAAGCCCGAGAAUAUCUUCUCUACGAUGAAUCCCACUGCCCACAAGCUGGUGGAGGCGCAGCCGCAGCAAACCAAAGAUGAUGAUGGCAUGGACAGUGUCUAUGAGGAGCUACGCCAUACGGACAUCGGUGAUCGCAUAUACAAAAUCGGUGAUCUGGGCCAUGUGACGUCCGUCAAGGAGCCGCAUGUGGAGGAGGGCGACUGCCGCUACUUGCCCAAGGAGCUGCUCAAAGAUGACUAUUCGGAUCUGGUUAGGGCGGACAUAUUUUCGCUUGGCAUCACACUGUUCGAGGUGGCAGGCGGUGGACCACUACCCAAGAAUGGCCCCGACUGGCACAAGCUACGAAACGGUGAGGUGCCCUACCUGUCGACACUGAGCAAGGAUUUCAAUGAGCUGAUAGCCCUAAUGAUGCAUCCCGAUCCGGAUCAGAGGCCCACAUCACAGUCCAUUUUCAGUCAUCCAAUUCUGAGCGCCGUUGACUCCAAGAGCAAGCUGCAACUCGGCCUGGAGCUGACCAUGGAGAGGCGCAAGAACGAGAUACUUAUGAACAAGCUAAGGGAUGCAAAGAAAACGAUAAAACAGCUCGAGGCGAAAGUUAACCUCUUCGCUGUGACAAAUAAUCCAGAGAGUGUGGAGGGUCAGCGAUGCCUCCGCUCGUUCACGCGACGUACGCGCACACCCUUCAACACCCAUGGCCGAUAUAGCCUGGGCGAUCGUAACAAGAAUGUUAUCACCAAUGUUUGAUUAGCGAGAGACAGAACUCACUCGAAACCAAACCAAACCUCUGAUAACAUAUAUACAAAACUACCUACAGACAGCCAAACUCUUCCGCAUCGAACGUGAACAAAGCUCACAUUGUGUUUAGUUUUUAAACUCUACUCCUACUCUCGAUUAUGUAGUACUAAAAACUCGUAUAUCUUUUAUAUUUUAAAGUUUAAGCUCCCCCACAUCCUCAUCUACAUAUAUAUCGAGGCAUUAGUAAU